AUGAUGAACGAAGGCGAUCCACCAGCCGCUGAAAAACAAGAUCCAGAAUCUCAGCCAUCUCAGACGCCAGCUGCUCCGGAACCCGGAAAGGAAGGAUCUGCCUCAUUUCUUCGAGCCGCCCGUGCCGGAGAUCUUGAGAAAGUUCUCGAAUUGCUCCGAGCAGGAACCGAUAUUAACACCAGCAAUGCAAAUGGAUUAAACUCUUUGCAUCUCGCUUCGAAAGAAGGACAUUCGGAAGUUGUUCGAGAAUUGAUUAAGAGACAAGCACAAGUCGAUGCAGCUACUAGGAAAGGAAACACCGCCCUCCACAUCGCUUCCCUUGCUGGACAAUCCCUCAUCGUCACGAUUCUCGUCGAGAACGGUGCCAAUGUAAAUGUUCAAUCAGUCAAUGGAUUCACCCCACUUUACAUGGCAGCACAAGAGAAUCAUGAAGACGUUGUUCGAUACCUUCUCAAUCAUGGAGCCAAUCAAGCUCUCUCCACAGAAGACGGAUUCACUCCAUUGGCUGUUGCUCUUCAACAAGGACACGAUCGUGUUGUCGCAGUUCUUUUGGAGAAUGAUGCAAAGGGAAAAGUUCGACUUCCAGCACUUCACAUUGCAGCGAAGAAGGACGACACGAAAGCAGCAACACUUUUGCUUCAGAACGAGCACAAUCCAGAUGUCACAUCAAAAUCCGGAUUCACUCCAUUACAUAUCGCAGCUCACUACGGACACGAGAAUGUUGGACAAUUGUUGUUGGACAAGGGAGCAAAUGUUAACUAUCAAGCUAGGCACAAUAUUAGUCCACUCCACGUUGCAACAAAAUGGGGACGUAUCAAUAUGGCGAAUGUUUUGUUGGCUCGUGGAGCUAUCAUCGAUUCAAGAACAAAAGACUUGUUGACUCCAUUGCAUUGUGCUGCACGUUCAGGACACGAUCAAGUUGUCGAUCUUCUGGUUGUUCAGGGAGCACCUAUUUCAGCAAAAACGAAGAAUGGAUUGGCUCCAUUGCAUAUGGCUGCUCAGGGAGAUCAUGUUGAUGCUGCUAGAACUCUUUUGUAUCACCGUGCUCCAGUUGAUGACGUCACUGUGGACUACUUGACACCUCUCCACGUAGCUGCUCAUUGUGGACAUGUUAGAGUUGCAAAACUUCUUUUGGAUAGAUCAGCUGAUCCCAACUCGAGAGCUCUCAAUGGAUUCACUCCUCUUCACAUUGCUUGCAAAAAGAACCGCAUCAAGGUGGUCGAACUUCUUCUCAAAUAUCGUGCAGCCAUCGAGGCAACAACGGAAUCGGGGCUGACUCCGUUGCACGUGGCUGCAUUUAUGGGAGCAAUCAAUAUUGUGAUCUACUUGCUUCAACAAGGUGCAAAUCCAGAUGUUGAGACAGUCCGUGGGGAGACUCCUCUUCAUUUGGCAGCACGUGCCAAUCAAACAGACGUUGUUCGUGUACUCAUCCGUAAUGGGGCAAAGGUUGAUGCACAAGCAAGAGAACUGCAAACACCUCUUCAUAUUGCCAGUCGUUUGGGGAACACUGACAUUGUUGUUCUUUUGUUGCAAGCUGGGGCUAAUUCGAAUGCAACAACAAGAGAUCAAUACUCACCAUUGCAUAUUGCGGCUAAAGAAGGUCAAGAAGAAGUUGUGGGCAUUCUUCUGGAUCACAACGCCAACAAGAGUCUUUUGACAAAGAAGGGAUUCACACCACUCCAUCUUGCAUCCAAAUAUGGAAAUCUUGAAGUCGUUCGACUUCUUCUGGAACGGGGUACUCCAGUCGAUAUCGAAGGAAAGAAUCAAGUGACACCACUCCAUGUUGCUGCUCAUUAUAACAACGACAAGGUUGCAAUGCUUUUACUCGAGAAUGGGGCCUCGGCUAAGGCGGCAGCAAAGAAUGGAUACACUCCAUUGCAUAUCGCGGCGAAGAAAAAUCAAAUGGAAAUUGCAUCGACACUUCUUCAAUUCAAUGCUGAUCCAAAUGCAAAGUCAAAAGCUGGAUUCAGUCCUCUUCAUCUUGCUGCUCAAGAGGGACACAAAGAAAUUACUGGACUUCUUCUUGAAAAUGGAUCAGAUGUGCAAGCGAAGGCUAACAACGGACUCACUGCGAUGCAUCUUUGUGCACAAGAAGAUCAUGUUCAAUGCGCAAAGAUUCUUCAUGAUUCUGGUUCUGAAGUCAACAGUAAAACGAAUGCAGGAUACACUCCACUUCAUGUUGCCUGUCACUUUGGACAACUCAAUAUGGUCAAAUUCUUGGUUGAUAACGGAGCAGAUGUUGGAGAAAAAACUCGUGCAUCGUACACUCCACUUCACCAAGCCGCCCAACAGGGUCAUAACAACUGCGUCCGAUACCUUCUUGACAAUGGAGCAUCACCGAACGAGCAAACUGCGACCGGUCAAACUCCACUCUCGAUCGCUCAACGUCUUGGCUACGUCUCGGUUGUCGAAACCCUCCGAACUGUUACCGAAACCACUGUCAUCACAGAGACUACAACAGUCGACGAACGAUAUAAACCACAGAAUCCGGAGGCGAUGAACGAGACAAUGUUCUCCGAGUCGGAAGAUGAAGGACAAGCGGCUGAACAUGAAGCAGCUGCGGCUCAUGCGAAGGACUUCUCCGAUAAUUUGACACAAGGAUUGCAAGAUUCGACAGGAGUUCAUAUGAUCCAUACUGGAGAACAGCUCCUCCAAAGAAGUCAAGAACUCGAGAACGGUGGUGCCAUUCCAAAAGUCAACUCGGGUGGCAUGUCCCCAGAAAAAGAAUUCGCCAAGAUUGCCCCAGUCGCCACAUCAUCUCCAAUUGCCACAUCACACUCGCAACCACUUGGAAUUGCUCCAAGAGCUGGAUCAAUUUCUGGUCAAUUCCAACAACAACCACUUCACGGUGCAGGACCAGAAGACAAUCUGGAAGAACUUGUACGACGUGCACAGAAUCAUCCGAUUCAUACUGGAAAUUAUGAUACAAGUGGAGCAGCAAUGUUGGAGAACGGACAUGCUGACAACGUUCCAAUUGGACAUCAUGUAACACAACCAAGUUUCCUCAUCUCUUUCCUCGUCGAUGCACGUGGAGGAGCGAUGCGUGGAUGCCGUCAUUCUGGAGUCAGAAUUAUUGUUCCACCAAGGAAAGCUUCUCAACCAAUUCGUGUUACUUGCCGCUACUUGAGAAAGGACAAGCUUGCCCAUCCACCACCACUCAGCGAAGGAGAAGAACUUGCGUCAAGGAUCCUCGAGAUGGCUCCAGCAGGUGCUAAAUUCUUGGGACCAGUCAUUCUCGAAGUUCCACACUUUGCAUCUCUCAGAGAUCGUGAACGAGAAAUUGUCAUUUUGAGAUCGGAUGACGGACAACACUGGAAGGAACAUCAACUCGAAGCAACAGAAGAUGCAGUUCAAGAAGUCUUGAAUGAGUCAUUCGAUGCUGAAGAUCUUGCUCAACUUGAUGAUCUUCAAACUCCAAGAAUCACCCGAAUCCUCACAAGUGACUUCCCAAUGUAUUUCGCCGUUGUCACCCGUGUCCGUCAAGAAGUUCACUGCGUUGGACCAGAAGGAGGAGUCAUCAUUUCAUCUGUGGUUCCACGUGUUCAAGCUAUCUUCCCAGAUGGAUCACUCACCAAGACAAUCAAAGUCUCAGUGCAAGCUCAACCAGUUCCACAAGAAAUGGUCACUCGACUCCACGGAAAUCGUGUCGCUGUCUCACCAAUCGUCACCGUUGAGCCACGUAGGAGGAAGUUCCACAAACCGAUUACCCUCUGCAUACCACUUCCACAAAGUAACAACAAGGGAAUGCUCACUCAGUAUUCUGGACAACAAGGACAAGAACCACCAACUCUUCGACUAUUGUGCUCAAUUACUGGAGGAUCUGCACCAGCUCAAUGGGAAGAUAUCACUGGAACAACUCAGUUGACAUUCACUGGAGAUGAGGUAUCAUUCACUACAACUGUAUCUGCUAGAUUCUGGUUAAUGGAUUGCCAAACACCACGUGAUGCUGCUAGAAUGGCUCAAGAAGUCUACAACGAGGCUAUCUCCAUCCCAUACAUGGCCAAGUUUGCUGUCUUUGCGAGAAGAACUUUCCCAGUCGAAGGACAACUUCGUGUGUUCUGCAUGACUGACGACAAGGAGGACAAAACUUUGGAAAAACAAGAACAUUUCAAGUUAAUUGCCAAGAGUAGAGAUGUCGAAGUGCUCAAGGGAAAACAUCAAUUCCUUGAGUUCUCUGGAAAUCUCGUUCCAAUUACCAAAUCUGGAGAUCAACUUUCACUUUUCUUCCUUCCAUUCCAAGAGAAUCGAUUGGCAUUCAUGGUUAAGACAAGAUCAAAGGAUGAAUCUGAAGCAGCCACAGAAGGAAGAAUCGGAUUUAUGGCAGAGCCAAAGAUCAGAUCAGAUGCUCUUCCACCACAACAACCAAUCUGCACAUUGGCUAUCUCACUUCCAGAAUAUACUGGAGAAGUGAAAGCAACUCCAGCACCAAAGAGGGACUCCACUCCAUUUGAACAACGAUAUGGAUCAGCCCUCGAGAAAGAACUCCCAGAAUUUGUACAUGAAAAUGUACUGAAAGGAAUUGGAGCAGAUUGGCCACGUCUUGGACGUGCUCUCGAAGUUCCACACCGAGAUAUUCAACACAUUAGGAAACAUUACCCAACUCAAGAAUGCAAGAACACCUUGAAAAUCUGGAUUCAUCUCAAGAAGGAAGACGCCAAUCAAGAGAACUUAGACCUAGCCCUUAGACAGAUUGGAAGAGAUGAUAUCGUCCGAUCGAUUGCAUAUGGAGAGCCAGAAGCAUUGAUCAACUACAGUCAAGCUGAUUCGCCGAGUCAGAAGCGUGAGCCAAUUCGUCACUUCGAAGAUGUUCCAGCCGCUACUUUGGUGAAAAGAGAAGUAAGAACAGAAGAUUUGGUCACGAGAGAACCAAUUCAACCAACUCAUCAUGUGGAACAAUCGACGACUGUUGCACAAGAACCAUCAUAUUCAGCCCCAGUUCAUCACAGUCCCGUACCAGAAGAACCAGAGUUGGAAGAAGAAGCACCAGUAGCCGAGAUGCGAACUGUUGUCCGAACGGAACGACAUGUUCAUGACACGGAUGACGGCCCAGUUGUCGAAGAAAGAACAAUCACGACAACAUAUGAAGAUGACGUGGCAGUCAACGAGAACAUCAGUGACCGAACCGUCCCAUUGAACGAGGAAGAACAGCAAAAAUGGGAAGAACUGAACCGUUUGGCUGACGAAUCCUCACCAUCCCCUGCUCAACGCUCAACUGUAGCUGAAAGCACCUCGGAGCAGGUUCCAGAAGACGUCGAACAAACCGUAGAGUCGGAAAGCCAUCGUGAAGAUGAUGGAACAAUUGUCACGACGACAGUAACCACUAGUCACAUCAGCGAAUCUCCAUUGGGUUCCCCAACAACAAGAUCAGAAGAACCAGAAGAACACCGUCACAGUGAAGGAGAACACGAAGGUAGAGCCUGA